UAAGCUAACGACAGCGGAAGUGUCGUUGUCAUGGAAACAUUCAAAUAACUUUAUUUAGAUUGACAAAGGCGGAUGUUUUCGUUGACAUGGCGGACCUAGGCCGGCAGUUACAGGAGUACGUGGCUCAGAAUAAAGCCGGGGGCAGUGGCAGUUCUGCGGCUUCUUCCUCGGGGGAGCGGCAGAGUUCUGAGCCGGGAUGGAGGGCCUGGUUUUCGCCUCCCAGCGGCGGCCUGUCCUGGUCCUGGAGCGCUCUGGAUCCGGACCCUUUCCUGCCGGGGAUGUCCGGGACGCAGAGAUUGAUGGCGGCUGCUGUGUGUGCGGCCAUGGCGGCUCUGUGCUUCGGCCUGGCCGCGCUGUAUGUGCCGCUGCUGUUACUCCGGGCUCGGAAGUUCGCCAUGCUCUGGUCUAUGGGGUCGGUUUUGGGUCUCGGUUCCGUCAGCCUCCUGCGGGGCCCCAGCCGCCUGCUCCGGGAGCCGGACCCCUGGACCUUCUUCUACCUGGCGGCUCUCGGCGGCACGCUGUACGCGGCCCUGGGCUUCCGGAGCACCCCGCUCACCUUGCUGGGAGCAGUGGUUCAGGUCAUCGCCGGCGCUGCCCUCCUGCUGGGAAUGUUACCGGGCGGCGCCGCUGGGAGGCGCUACAUCAGCGGCCUGUGCGGGAGUCUGAUGCGGAAAGGAGUCUCCAAAGCCCUGCCUGUGUAAUAUCCGCCCGGGGCCCAGCGUGAAGAUGUGGACUGUGGGUCUCUGUUAAUUUGGGACCCAGGACUGUGUCCCCUGGAAAGCUAUAGGCUGUAUUGUGGCCCCUCAUUGGAGCUUUGACUAUGGCCUCUGUGAAGCUGAAGACUCUGGACCAAGAGUCCCUGUUAAUCUCAGGGUUCUGAACUGUGGCCCCUGUGAAGCUGAAGUCUCUCUGUGGCCCCUGUGAAGCUAAAGGCUCUAGACCAUUGGGUCCCUGCUAGUAUCAUGAAUCUGGACUGUGGCCCCUAUGAAGCUAAGGGCUCUUUACCUGUGGCCCAAUUGAAGCUGAAGACUCUAGACCGUUGGGUGCUUGUUAGUCUCAGGGUUCAGGACUGUGGCCCCUCUGAAGCCGAGGGGACUUUGUGGCUCCUGAACUGUGGCCCCUGUGUAGCUGAAGAUUCUAGACCAUUAGGUCCCUAUUAGUCUCAGGGAUCUGGACUGUGGCCCCUAGAAAGCUGAGGGCUCUUUCUGGUUCCUGAUCCGUGGCCCUUGGAAAGCUGAAACCUCAGACCAUUGGGUCCCUGUUCGUCUAAAGCAGUAACUUACAACCUGCCGCUCUCCAGCCGUUGCAAAACUACAACUCCCAGCAUGCCAUGUAGGCUGUGAGGACAUGCUGGGUGUUGUAGUUUUGCAAUAGCUGGAGAGCGGCAGGUUGAAGAUCACCGGACUGAGGGAUGCAGAUUGUGGCCCCUGUGAAGCUCGGGGCUCUUUAUUUUGGCUCCUGGCUGCUCUCUACCGCUAGACAAUAAACUUUCUUACCAGCAGAGCUGACCGCUGUGGUGCCCGUGCCACACCGCCCGCCUGUGAUUGGUCGAUAUCUCUCGUGAUCUGGCAAUGGGAAUGGACGAAACAGUCACAUGACACUAGACUAUAUCGCACCCACAGACAUAACUAAUCCACCCCAGAACUGGACAGACGCUGUGUUACAGGUUUGGCGCAUCUUGGGCUCUUUUCCCGACACCAUGUCCUGACUUAUUUUGCACAAGUAAAUUGCCCCCAAAUUAUGGUGCGCACCAUUCCCAAAUCUGGAGCGUUUCAGGCCUCCUCUUCGCCACACUACCUUUCUGGACGCUUCAGUCAUAUCUCGUUAGGUGCAAUAAUAAAUCCGGUGCACGGCAGACUGAGCGAGGCGGCCCUCUAGCACGUGAAGCUCCGUAAGGGUCCAGUCACACGUCAGUAUUUUUCUUUUCUAGACUUCUGUUUUUUGCGGAUUCGUGUUUCUGCAAAAACCUUCAGUUUUUACCAAUUGUGCAUCCGCAUCCGUUCCGUUUUUCUGCAAAUAAACGGAAGGCGGAAGAAUAUAUGUUGCUAGGGUACAAAAUUUAUUAUUUUUUCUAUUGACGCGUUCUGCAAUUUUGCGAACCUGAUCACUACAAUGGGACCACGGACCGCAUUUUGCGGACAAUAGGAGGACAAGCCCCUACUAUUUUUGUGGAUUUGCGUAAUGGAGCGGAACAACUGGCCAUUGCAAUAAAUGGGUCCGCAAAUUUUCGGAGCGGAAGAGAAAAUACUGACGUGUGAAUGGACCCUUAAGGAACAUGAGCUCCGCGUUCAGGUCCGUUGGAAAGUUACGAGUCGCUUUCGCGUCUGCGGCUGGUUGUUCCGACCUCCAGUUCCAGCAGAGAAUUGUGGGAAUCGGCUGAGCAGGAACUGCAGCGGUUUCUGCCCGGCCGAUUCUUGGCGUAUUUUCCGGGUAGCGGCCGCCGGACCCCGUUAUAAUCAGUGGGGUCCUGCAGGCAAGGCUGGUCCCUAUCAGAACAGCCCGCCGAAUCCUCUGCCACAGAUGUGAAGCUAGCCUACAUAGCGCCACGCUGGACCGCCAUUCUCCUAAGCUACGUUAAAUAGCACUCCCUUCUAUACACUGGUCAGGGUGGUCUCCUGGGUGGACUUUACCACCUCUGUUGGCUGAAUACAU